UUUUUUAAAUUCCUGGCAAUCUGCCCUUUCGCAACCCACCCUCUCACUUUUCCUUCGCAGCACCAUCCGCAGCAGCAGCCGCACUUCACACAAAAUGUCGAUCGACGCCCUGAACGUCGCAGCCGAUGACGGUGUCAUGUCCGUCGCUGACGUGAAGGCGCAGGUCGCCCCCAACGGAGAGCGCAAGCAGAGCGCCGCCGGCUUGCUCAAUGGCGAGCGCCGCCGCUCCAGCGUCAGCGACGCCAAGAUCAAGCUCAACAGCGGCCACUACAUUCCCCAGGUCGCACUCGGCGUCUACAAGGCGCCCAAUGACGCUACUACCGAGGACGCUGUCAAAUGGGCCUUCGAGGCUGGCUACAGGCACGUCGAUGGCGGUGAGUUACCGGGAUCAUGCUAUUACCCUCUUUCUUGGGCAUGAACAGGGGAGAAUAGAAAAGGCAAAAAGGAGGGUUAAUGGCGACACAGCUGGCCUUCUUGGGUAUUACCUACGCUGGAUCGUCUUAUUGCGGCCCGCUACGCCAACGAGGAAGCCGUCGGCCGCGCAAUCAAGGACUUCACCUCCAAAUCGGGCGUCCCGCGCGA